AUGGAACCCAUGGAUAUCGUUGGCAAAUCAAAGGAAGACGCUUCGCUUCCCAAAGCAACAAUGACAAAAAUAAUUAAAGAGAUGUUACCUCCAGAUGUACGCGUUGCAAGAGACGCCCAAGACUUAUUGAUCGAGUGUUGUGUAGAGUUUAUAAAUCUCAUCUCAUCAGAGUCCAACGAAGUUUGUAGUAGAGAGGACAAACGGACUAUUGCUCCUGAGCACGUAUUGAAGGCUCUAAAGGUGCUUGGAUUUGGCGACUACAUUGAAGAAGUUUAUGCAGCAUACGAACAACACAAAUUGGAGACCAUGCAGGAUUCCUUAAAAGGCGGUAAAUGGAGCAAUGGAGCUGAGAUGACUGAGGAAGAAGCAUUAGCAGAACAACAAAGGAUGUUUGCAGAGGCACGUGCUAGGAUGAAUGGUGAGGCCAUUGCUUCUAAGCAGCCAGAUGGUGCCAAAGUUUAA